GAGUUCUUGAUGUGCAUCGCGAGGCGUACCAAAAGUCACUGCUCAGCACUUUUUGUGACGUUUGAACGCCCACCGACUGACUGAACAAGCAAUCACAUGAAAUGUUCACCUUAAAAAGUGAUUUCCGAAUAGCUUUUGUGCAUGUUUCAGCGUAUUCUUUCUAAUUCUAUAAGUAGCCUAUUGUUUUAGCUUUUAGAUUCCCCUGAGUUUCGACUCAUAACCUUGGAAACCAGGACAUAGCACUAAAGAAUUUUCCAUGGUCAUUUGAAUGUCGUUAUGGCUAAGUUUAUUGUCCUUUUGUCAUUCCACGCUACAGAGAUUUAAAAUCAAAACUCUUUAUUACAGAUACCAGCUAUCGAUCACGUUGACUAUUUUGUGCCACAUUCAGCGUCUUGUCCUAAUGGGAUGUUCAACACAAACAGCGGCUGUGUUAAAUGCAGCCCUGGGUGUGACGGAGGACGAGUCAAAGUCCAGGACUGUACAAAGGACAAUGACAUCAUAUGUCGAUGUCCAGAAGGGAAGUUCUGGGAGACAGCGCUGGUUUAUUGUAAAUUAUGCACAAAGUGUAAGCCAGGAGAAAUUUUGAUAAAAAAUUGUACACAUUCUCAUAAUAGUGAAUGUAAACUAUGUGAGAAGGGAUCAUAUGCUGAGACGGCAUAUUCAUGCAAAAUUUGCAGUCAAUGUAAAGUUGGCGAAUAUACAAAAAAGAAGUGCUCUUGGUCAGAUGAUACUAUCUGUGAAAGUAUGGUUCAUCACAUCCCACCAACGAUACCACAAGUAAUACAGACCCAGAAAAACACAAGUAAUGAAGGCCCAUCAAGUGACUCAAGCAAAGAUUCAGUGUAUAAUCUUUCAGUAGCUUUAGGAGUAUUUGGAUUCUUGGUGAUAUUGUCAAUAGUAGUGCAUGUACUACAUGUAAAACGCAUUAAAAGAAGAUCUUCAACCACAAAGAAAACUGAAUCGCUAACAUCAGUUGGGUCAAGUGAACAUGAAACUUUCUUCAAUAAGAAGACCAGUGCACCAGUGGUUGAUCAUGAUCCUGGGUAUUUGGUGCGAAACUUGAAUCCUGAAGUCAUAAUAAAGCUGUCAAGGCUUCUCAAUCCUCCUGGGCUUAGGAACUGGAUGAGUGUGGCUUCAUUGCUUGGAUUUAGCCAAAUUGAUAUCAGCAAUUUUAAUAUUGAAAAGGAGUUAUCCUUUCAAAAAAUGAUUGAGGCAUGGUCGACGCAGAGAGAGGCAACUGUGUAUAAGCUAUAUCUGGUCUUUUUGAACUUAGAAAGAGAUGACUGUGCUACCAUAUUAGAAGGUAUUUUAAGCGGUGUAUAAAGAAUUUAUUUAUGUACUUUUGGUUUCUUAGAAGUUACAGUCUGCAGGUCCCAGGUUUCUCGAAUUGACCUGUUCGUUUACAAUCUCGUACCCAGAGCCCGCACUUUUGCCAUCCAGUGGUUGUCAAUGYRUGAGAGACUCUGGGGGAAUGCGUUAUUUCUCGAUUCGUGAUGAAAAUGAAAAUGACACGAGCGUGCAUUGUUUUCAAGUCGGUUUUUCAAGUCGCCAGCGCGCGCUCGCCUGUUUGGUCAAAAAUAUACAUACUUUUAUCGCAUAAAAACACCUUUUUUCACACAUUUUUGUUUUUGAAAAAGGUGUAACUACCGUUCCUAAACUAAGUUGUGUACUAAACCUCCUUUUUUGUCAUUUUGAUGCUCUAAACCGGCAAAAACAAAACUGGGCUAAUUUGCAUAAUUUGCGACAGAAAAGCGUCGCAAAUCCAGUCGAUUCC